AAAAGAUUAGAUUUUGGAGGAUGAAUUGAAAGUAAGUAAAUAAGUCUUUAAAAUAUGGAACUUGAAAAUGUUGGAUGGUUGACUUGAACGUUUGUGCUCCCUAACAGAAAAAAUAUGCGUGCUCUAAAGGAAGCUCUAUGCAAAUAUGUAUUUGAAAGAAUCAGUUUUUAGAAUAAAGGGUUGCAGUCUUUCACAUUGCAAGUAUGUGCAUGCACUUUAUGUAAUGGUGCAAAAAUGUCUCAGCCCACAAGCAGCUCACAGUAAAGAAUAUAAAUACCCCCAGUGAAGACAUUUUAAACAACUGCAAUAGCUGUGAACUCUGAACAACCAGUCAGAAAGUGAUUUCUUAAAGAGCUUUCAAGACAUUUUGUUUCAAACUGUGAUGAGGAUGACUGUGGGAUUGGGAACCCUCUUUUUGAUUUUCAAGGUGUUGUCAUAUGGAUUGGCAGAGAAGUCUCCAUGUAUAACUGGCUUUGAGUCAAAUCUGCUGGUUUUUAAAGUUCACAAAGAUCACCUUCACAAAGGAGAGAGACUCGGAAGAGUCGUUUUUAACACAUGUGAUGGAAGAACAGGAACAGAUUUUCAGUCCACUGAUCAGGAGAUUGAUCUGAACAUGGAUGGGACUUUGAUGAUGAGGAGGUCAGUGACUCUUCAUGAAGGCCUCAAGGAGUUUUCAGUGUUUGCAAGGGACUCCAGUGGCAAGAAGCACAUGGUCUCUGUCAGAGUUGAGCAUGUCCGUUAUCAUGAGGAUCAUGACAUGAAUACUUUAAUGAACACUUCCUCUGUACAGAUGGAAUCUCCUUAUGAUGAUCUGGUUCUGACAUUUCCAAAGUCUUUAACAGGUUUAAAGAGAUUAAAGAGAGGUUGGAUUGUUCCUCCAAUCAGUAUUUCUGAGAAUAGCAGAGGUCCGUUCCCAAAAAGGCUGGUCCAGAUAAUGUCAGAAUUUGCUUCUGAAACUAGGAUGGCAUACAAGGUCACAGGUGAAGGGGCAGAUCUGGAUCCUAAAGGGAUUUUCCAAAUAGAUAGACUAUCAGGGUGGAUAAGUGUGACUCAGAAACUUGACAGGGAACAAAAAGCUUCAUACAAACUUGUAGCUCAUGCAACUGGAGUGGAUGUGAAUAUUGCAAAUAAGCCAAUGGAAAUUUAUAUAAUCGUGACAGACCAAAAUGAUAAUAAGCCUGUUUUUACUCAAAAUCCAUUUAAAGGACAUGUUCCUGAAGCUGCUGGAAAAGGUGAAGUGUUUAUGACGGUCACAGCCACUGAUGCAGAUGAUAAAGAAAAUACUGACAAUGCUGAUAUCAGUUAUGCCAUUAUCAGCCAAGAUCCACCAUCUCCAAAACCUAACAUGUUUGCUAUCAAUCCUGUAAGUGGAGGGAUUUCUAUGCUGGAAACAGGCCUGGACAGAGAGCAAUGGUCCAGUUAUACUUUGGUUAUUACGGCUACUGACAUGAAUGGAGAGGGUGGGUCAACCACUGGCACAGCAAUUAUUACUGUUACAGACAGCAAUAAUAAUGCACCUAAUAAGCCUGAUAAUAAGCCUGUGUUCACUCAAAACCCUUUCAAUGGAAGUGUUCCUGAAACUGCUGGAAAGGGUGAAGUGUUUAUGACGGUCACAGCCACUUAUGCAGAUGAUAAAGAAAAUACGGACAAUGUUGAUAUCAGUUAUGCCAUUAUCAGCCAAGAUCCACCAUCUCCAAAACCAAACAUGUUUGCUAUCAAUCCUUUAAGUGGGGGGAUUUCUGUGCUAGAAACCGGUCUGGACAGAGAGCAAUGGUCCAGAUAUACUUUGGUUAUUACGGCUACUGACAGAUACAGAGAGGGUUUGUCAACCACUGGCACAGCAGUUAUUGCUGUUGCUGACAGCAAUGAUAAUGCACCUCUGUUUGCCAGUAAUUGGGUUAUUCCUCCAAUCAGUGUACUUGAAAAUAGCAAAGGUCCUUUCCCAGUGAGGCUGGUCCAGAUAAACACAAAUUAUGCUGCUGAAACUCAGAUGGAAUACAAGAUUACUGGUGAAGGGGCAGAUAUGGAUCCUAAGGGGAUUUUCCAAAUAGACAAACUAUCAGGGUGGAUCAGUGUGACUCAGCCACUUGACAGAGAAAAAAAAGGUUCAUACCAUCUUGUAGCUCAUGCAAAAGGACUGGAUGGAGAUAUUAAAGAAAAACCAAUGUGGAUCGCUGUAACUGUGAUAGACCAAAAUGAUAAUAAGCCAGUGUUUACUCAAAGUCUUAUUAAUGGAAAUGUUCCUGAAGCUGCUGGAAAGGGUGAAGUGUUUAUGACGGUCACAGCCACUGAUGCAGAUGAUAAAGAAAAUUCUAAUAAUGCUGAUAUCAGUUAUUCCAUUAUCAGCCAAGAUCCACCAUCUCCAAAACCAAACAUGUUUGCUAUCAAUCCUGUAAGUGGAGGGAUUUCUGUGCUGGAAACAGGCCUGGACAGAGAGCAAUGGUCCAGAUAUACUUUGGUUGUUAUGGCUGCUGACAUGAACGGAGAGGGUUUGUCAACCACUGCCACAGCAGUUAUUACAGUAACUGACCCAGCCGUCUAGAGGGCAUCAUCGCCACUGUAAAGCCCAUGAACUAUGAUAAGAGCAAGCAGUGGUAACGAUGAUACAUUUGUCGACUCUUUGCCUACUUCAACUGCCAAGGUUAUUGUGAAUGCAAAAGACGUGAAUGACCCGCCUGAGUUUAUUCCAAAGGUUAUUUCCAAUUGUGAAUAUUUACCAGCUGGUGGUGAACUGGUCUCUCCGUGAACAAGCUACUGAUCCAGACACUGGAAAAUCAGAAAAAUCUUGCUUGUGUAACAGAGUUAUUUUGGUAAUAUUAUUUUCACUCAAAAUCCUUUUUUCUAUUGAGUAUAACUUUUAUUUACUUCAUUUGAUAAUAUUAUAUAUAUUAUUUUAUCGUUUUGAGUUUAUGCUUGUAUGUGACUUUCAGGACCUGUUCAAGUGUACUGUCACUUUAAGAGUGUAUACUCGUUCGUGUGCGCGCUCAUCGCUCUCUCAGUUCACUUCCUUCUGAGCUGAGAGAAGGUUGUCUCGUGGUUAAUGGAGACAUUAAACGGUAAUAUUAUUGACGGUUGAUGGUAUAUUUUAAAUCUAAAAUGUUUGUUGCUUCGCUAAACAUACUCUGUGAUGUGGAAAUAUGAAACUGUGGUUCUAAAUGGUUGUGAUUGAGAUCGUUUGCAUUUGUGAGUGAGAUUAGCACAUAUUAGCAUGCUGUAAUUACUCCUCGUGUGCCAACAGGUUGUUUAAUGAAGAUCAUAAUCACAGAAUGCAUGUUUUCAACACAUUUUCCAUUUGUGCAGGUAUGUUUUUGUAUUGUUGGUAGUUUUUGUGAUUUCAUGUCAUUAAUAUUAAUUUAGUCUUAUGUUAAGCAGAUUAGUUUAAUACAUGUUCUUUCAAGAAAUCGCUAUCGCAGUUCACUUCCUUCUGAGCUGAGAGAAGGUUGUCUCGUGGUUAAUGGAGACAUUAAACGGUUGUUUAAUGAAGAUCAUAAUCACAGAAUGCAUGUUUUCAACACAUUUUCCAUUUGUGCAGAAAAUAAAGACAGUGCCAAGCGGUAAGAGGUUUGGAGUCCUUUAUUGAAAAACAACAACACAACGCAGGACGGAUUCCACUCGUGUGGGACCCGUUACACUUGCUUAUUUGUAUAAAUGUAAUUUCUUUGACUAAUGAUCUGUCCUGCUAUAAUCACAUAUUUUUGUUUUGUUUAUUAGAGACUAGAUGCAGUCUAACUGCUUUUUAUUAAUAAAGAUAAAUGUAGAGCACC